GUGGAAAAGCCAAGGAAAUAAAGAUGAACCAGUCCAUGGCGCCUUGACGCUUAGUUGCUCAACCAAAAAAAAAAAGAGCCAGUCCUUGGCGCCUAUAAACGCGGUUUUGUUUGUAAUUUUGUCGCUGUUGCCAAAGUCUUCGACAUCUACAUCACAGUUAAAUGUCAACUCGCUUCACUUUUUUUUUUCUCUCUUGUAAAAAUGUUCUCUCUUUUUUUUUUUUUUCCUUUAAAUGUUCUCUCUUAUAUGAUCUACGCGCUACAUUUAUUUUCUUGGGGUAAAAUAUUAAAUAUCUACGCGCUAAAUAACAAUAUAUAUACUAACCCUCGCAGGGUAAUCAUUUUAUUACAUUCUAACUUUUGCUCUAGCUAGUUUUCUUGAGGAAAGAUGCAGCCUAUCUUCCAUGCGAUCCUUCAAAACGAACUUCCAGCUUUUCUGAGUUUGGUGAGGGAGAGAGACUCGUGGCUAGAGGAGAGAAACGAUGAGCAACACAGCAACACGGUGUUGCACAUGGCUGCGAAGCAUGGACGUGGAGAAUUCGUAUCAAAGAUCAUCGAGCUCCGACCUUCCCUCAUAUGUUCCCGUAACGCAUACGGGAACACACCUUUGCAUCUCGCUGCUCUCUUUGGAGACGUAAACAUAAUUAUGACGAUGUUAGAGUUUGGACCGGAAGCCUGUUCGGCCCGCAACAACAACAACCAAACACCCCUCCACUUAGCUUGCCGCAGCAUUUCUGUGGAGUCUGCCACACUUUUUGCGGAAAAGAUACAAUCAGUCGGCCUCCACGAACUCAAUUUCGCCAUAUUAAGUGGAAUGGCUGGUAUUGCAGGGACUAUACUGGAGAGAUUCCCAGACCUAGCUAGGGAGGAAGCUUGGCCUGUCCAAGGCGGCUCGCUAUCAUCCCUGCUGCACCAUGCGUGUGACAGAGGAGACCUUGAACUGACAAGAAUAUUGUUAGGGCUCGAUGAAAGACUAGAUGAAGCUCUUGACACCAACGGUUUAUCACCUCUGCACCUGGCGGUCCUCCGAGGCUCGGUUGUAAUCCUGGAGGAGUUCUUGAACAAGGCUCCGUUUUCUUUCUACUCUCUCACGCCAUCAAAAGAGUCAGUCUUUCAUCUGGCUGCAAGAAACAAUAACAUGGAUGCCUUCGUUUUCAUGGCGGAGAGUGUGGGCAUUGACAGCCAGAUUCUUUUGCAGCAAACAGAUGAAGAUGGCAACACUGUCUUACAUGUUGCUGCCUCCGUGGCUUGUGGUGCUCCGUUUGUGCAUUACAUUCGUAAGCGUUCUGAUAAACGCUGCAAGAACAACUUCGGGUUUGCAGCUUAUCAACUGAUUCCUCAAGAAGCCGUAAACUUUGAGUUGUUAUCACGCUGGCUGAGGUUUGAUACCGAGACUCCAGAAGAACUGAAUAGUGAAGAGUACGAUGGUCACUCUAGACCAAUCCAACAACAAUCUCUAGGACGAGUUAAAUCUUUAGGUAUCCGCGGAAGAUCUGAUGAGGACCAGGUAAUACGGAUGCUUACGCUAAUCGAAAUAAACACAUCUGAGAUCGCAGAGAGAAAGAGAAGAAGUAAAGAAGAGAAAGUGAAAAGAGGUCAUGAGGGCUUGGAAUAUAAAAUGCAUAUAGAAGCAUUACAAAAUGCAAGAAAUACUAUUGCCAUAGUCGCAGUUCUGAUUGCUUCAGUUGCUUAUGCCGGUGGGAUAAACCCUCCAGGCGGCGUCUACCAAGACGGGCCAUGGAGAGGCAAAUCCAUUGUGGGCAAAACAACAGCAUUUAAGGUCUUUGCGAUAUGCAACAACAUUGCACUCUUCACGUCCUUGUGCAUCGUUAUUCUCUUAGUUAGCAUUAUACCUUUCAAGAGGAAACCCUUGAAGAGAUUACUGGUGGUCACACACAAGAUGAUGUGGGUUUCUGUAGGGUUCAUGGCUACAGCUUAUGUUGCGGCGUCUUGGGUGACCAUACCACAUUACCACGGAACACGAUGGUUGUUUCCAGCCAUUAUUGCCAUUGGUGGUGGAGCUUUAGUGGUACUCUUUUCUUACCUCGUAGUUGAGACCAUUGGUCAUUGGUUUAGAAAGCUGAAUCGUGUGGGAGAUAUACCGUCCUUUGCAAGUACCUGUUCAGAUUUGGCCGUCUCAGGAGUUUCUGGCUAUUUCACCUAUUGAAAUAUUUUGGAGAAGUUGCUUAUUUUUCACCAGUUCAAAUUUACCAACAUAGAAG